AUGCAACAAACUGCUUCCUCUCCCCCUCAAUUCCUUUUUUCCAAUCUUCUCUCUUGCACUGCAUUGUUUUCAUCAAUUGCGAUAGCGGAUCAGAAAUCAAUAUCUUUGUGGAUAGCGAAAAUAGAUUACCUGGAAUACGAUAUGCAACAGAAUUCUUUCCGUUCUUCUUUGUAUCCCUCUUCCGGUUUGUGUUCUGACGAGGGGGCAGAUAUCAAAACAGCUCUGCUCGAAAGCAGCAGUGCACACACUCAGUCUCUUUCACAAACCAGAGCUUGUAUCCAAGCACAUUUUCCCUUAUACUUCAUUCAAUAUGGUAUUCAAAACGAAUGGUAG